AUGACCUGCCUGGAUCAACUUGAAAGCACAAUUACAACUCCACAGAAUGAGAGUGUCAUCGGAAUCAUGGAGGAGAAGGCUGUGCUUGUUUCUGACAAGCCAGCGUUCUCCUCCUGCACGCUUCAGCCCUUAUUGAAAUACAGGCUGCCCUGCACGCGUGCCGAUGGGGGCUUGAAGUCGGCGAGGGAGUUAAACCUGCCAGGCAGCCCUCACGGAAGCAGCUCACUUGACAAAACGCUGGAGCAAAAGGCAGCAGACAGUAACUCAGCCCCCGGACUGAAACCCACAGCUCUGGAGGUGAAGGCAGGAGAGGACAGUAACUCAGCCCCCGGACUGAAACCCACAGCUCUGGAGGUGAAGGCAGGAGAGGACAGUAACUCAGCCCCCGGACUGAAACCCACAGCUCUGGAGGUGAAGGCAGGAGAGGACAGUAACUCAGCCCCCAGACUGAAACCCACAGCUCUGGAGGUGAAGGCAGGAGAGGACAGUAACUCAGCCCCCAGACUGAAACCCACAGCUCUGGAGGUGAAGGCAGGAGAGGACAGUAACUCAGCCCCCAGACUGAAACCCACAGCUCUGGAGGUGAAGGCAGGAGAGGACAGUAACUCAGCCCCCAGACUGAAACCCACAGCUCUGGAGGUGAAGGCAGGAGAGGACAGUAACUCAGCCCCCAGACUGAAACCCACAGCUCUGGAGGUGAAGGCAGGAGAGGACAGUAACUCAGCCCCCAGACUGAAACCCACAGCUCUGGAGGUGAAGGCAGGAGAGGACAGUAACUCAGCCCCCAGACUGAAACCCACAGCUCUGGAGGUGAAGGCAGGAGAGGACAGUAACUCAGCCCCCAGACUGAAACCCACAGCUCUGGAGGUGAAGGCAGGAGAGGACAGUAACUCAGCCCCCAGACUGAAACCCACAGCUCUGGAGGUGAAAUGCGUAAGAUGCUUGUGAUAGUUACUCCAGACUGGAGCGGAAACCUCCAGAGGGGAGCAGCAGGAGAAUCAGCCCGCUGCUGUGCCACCCAGCCCCCAAAAGCAAGGUCCUUUUAAUUACUUCCAUUCUGUACAUUAUUAUUAUUAUUAUUAUUAUUACACUCAGAGCUCGUCCUCAUCAUCACCAGCGCUGUAGCAGAAGUCCUAGUUGUACUCGGGCCAGAUUAAUUCAGACGUUUUUAUAGAAAAACUUAUAAAUAGCAGAGUGCUUAUUGAAAAGCCAGGGGCAAAACAGCGGCGUGAUCAAUUCAAAUUUAAUUACGAUGUAUCUAAAACGCUGGAUCAAAGCAUCAUAAAUUCUGUACAAUAAGAACUCGAGGGUUCUUUCGGUCUGGUUUUUUUUUUUGUUUUGUUUCCUUCUUGAGACUCAAGACUGCUUUCUUUGUAAGCGCUUAAGGUUUUAUUGUGGAUUUCCAUUGAUUUUGAAUCUACGAAGGCUGUGUAUUGAGCAGCAUGGGAAGCUCUCCUGCUGGCAGCCCUGCCCUGCCUCCCCUUUCACCUUCUUCAGCGCGGUCUGGGGUCGCUGUGGGCAAAGCCGCCUUCUACUUGCAGUUUAACCCCGCGACUCCCGAUUCCCACACAAGCAAUCCCUGCCUGUGAUUCUGUCGUUCCCUGCGAUGGUCUGUUUCCAGAUAGGGAGCCUCAUCAAAGCGACCUACCCAUUCUAUUGAACUCCCGAGAUAUAGCCUGGUGCAUUUUUCUCUGGUCUUUUUUGUAACUCAUUCCCCACCCCCAAUAAGCUGCAGGCUGUGAAUACAGCACACAGUGAUCGUUUCAGAAAUAACCAGUAGCCUGCGAGUCUGUGGGCUGCUGCUGCUCACAUCGAUAUGAAAGACGUGUGUGUGUGUGGAAGCUGCUCCAGCUGCACAGCAAGCUAGCACCGUUAAAAUAAUAAUAAUCCACCUCUGUGCGCAAUCAGUCAGUUUAAAAAAAAAAUAAAGAUGAAAAGCAGGAUCUGGACUCAUUGAUUUUAUCUCUACACUCGGUUCUCCGUUUUGUGAUGUCGGUCUCUGACUCUGAAGAUCAUCUACAGAAACAGCAGCUGAGUGCUCAGCCUCCUGGAAGUGAGCUUUCUGCGUGAAAAUGUCAACUCGGCAAAGUGCAACAGCACUGCAAAGUGUAAUACAGCACUGUAUCACAAUGUGCUGUAUCACACUGCUAUAUUACACUGUGCUGCGCUUCCACUGUGCCGUAUCACAUUGCUGUAUUUCACUGUGCUGUAUCACACAUUGCUGUAUUUCACUAUGCUGUAUCACACUGUGCUGUAUUUCACUGUCCCGUAUCACACUGCUAUGUUACACUGUGCUGCGCUUUCACUGUGCCGUAUCACACCGUGCUGUAUUACACUGUGCUGUUUCACAAUGUCCUGUAUUGCUCUGUGCUGUGCUUUCACUGUGAGGAACUCUAAGGGGAUUUCUGCUGUCUGCUGAAGUGCAGCUCAGGGGCUGAGCUGUCUCCGAGCGCGGUAAACAGGACCUCACAUUGCCAUAAUAUACAAUACCAUUGUCUUUUUGUUAUUUAUGAACUAAGACAUGCUUGCCUAUUGAAUUCUUUUAAGCCCAUUCAUCAUGAAUAGGUCAGUUUUGUUGUUUUUUUUGUUUUUUGUUUUUUUUACAGUGUGCAAGUUUGUAUUUUAAUUAUUUAUGAGACUUCUAACGAGAUCUGUGCAUCGGGCAUUUGCAUAAAAUAAAUAAGGAGUCAGUGCAGCUUGAAACGCUGACUGCGGGGCCACCUUCCUAUUAGUCCUGUGUGCAGCAUGGCUUUCAUAUUUCCUUUCCCUUCUCAAACCUGCACGCGCGAACACACAAGCGCGCAACGCACUCGCACACGCACACACCCUCCUACUGUAGAAAUCCCAAAUCGACCAUCGAGGAGGGGGCACGCCAGCUCUGGCCAAGCCUUGGUUCCCUCUCCAGUUCGGUUGUUUCCAGCGCUUGGCUACUACAGGUCCUCCACGGUUCUGAACAAUUCCCACCUGUUUGAAAGGGCUUCUCAAAGUGGGGGGGUCAAGCAGUAAUUAUUAUCACUGUGUGCUUCAAGCUGUCUCUACAGAUGCUCAACACUGUUCUAUAUGUUGUUUAAUAUUCCGGGGAGCUCCACACAGAAAUGUGGCAUUUCAAGAAUCGAGUUAGAGAAGCAGCCUGUUCCUCCCACACUAACAGGGCCAUUAGCCAGUUCAUUCGAGGAUUUACACUGGAGCGAGCGAGGCAGCCUCUCUCACACACAAAGCUAAAGAUUGUUAGCUGGCAGGGAGUUUGAAAGCGAUGGGCUCCUGUUUACUGGCCUUUCUUUAAAUGAAACGCUACAAACUAACGGACGAGAGCCGUGCUUCUCCAGCAGUAUCGCAGCUACACAGAGAGCAGAAACUGCACACACAAUCCCCCAGUAACGAGGGCUCAUAUUAACAUGACACACU